AUGAUGGACGCAUCUAGUGAGCUGCCAAACAAAAUGGCACAUUUAGAUAUAAUGGAGAUCGACGAACCCUCUCCUGAAGUCGCAGAAAAUAAACCUCAAGUAUCUGAGUUGCCAUCCAGAAUUUUACGAAAAAGGAAGUCUAUAACACCCGAAGCAAGUAAAUCAUCGAAUCGUAGAGUUAAUAUGAAGCCAAGUAAACGUAUUAUGACUGAAAAUGCAAACCCAAAGCAAAUUGAAGCUUUGUAUCUGAACAAAAAAGUUAAGUCAUUAUCACAGACUUUAGAAACUAUUUACGAGGAACCAAAGGCUCAGAAUAGUGAGACUGAAGUACUUAUUGGUGGGAGGAAAGUGAAAAGACUGUUAACAUUCCAAUUAGGUAAUCAAUACACUAAAGAAAAGAUAAAGAAGCGUAGAGCUAAAAUAAAGAAACUUCUGGGAAACAAAUCCUUCUUGAAUAGAAAAAAGAUACCAAUGCAAGUGUUUCUUAAAACUAUUGAGUGUUUGGAAUUGGAUGAAGUAGUAAAAACAGAAGCUUCUUUGCCACUUAAAGAAAAAGUGUAA